AUGACGCUUUUUACAUCGAUUAUUUUCAUAUCAAUUUAUCGAUUUAUUAUUGUACAUGGUCAAAACAUGGAUGAUAAUCUGUUAGGUUUAUCUUCAUUUUCUACCAGUAACGAUGAUUGGUUAUCAGAAGAGUUCACAAGUAGAUUAAAUAAUUUUUAUCCUGGUAAUACUGUAUCAUUUGAAAGUCUAUCAGAUAUUAUAACAGAUAGCAGAACAGAAAAUGAUAUAUAUGAAGUACAAUUUAAUCCUCGUAUUACUAAUUUCUUUGACAGACAAAUAUUAAUUGGACAAUUAGGUAAUAUAAAUCAAAUAAUUAAUAUACAGAUGAGCUUUCAUAAUGACAAUGGUGACAUUAUACGUGAUGGAUUUGGUAAUCCAAUCACAUAUAUAUCAAAUCGUCAAGAUCUUGGACAUGUCUUAGACAUAUUACAUACAGGUUUUUCAUUUGCUUAUGUUAGAUGUCUUUUAAGAUUACAAUCAAAUUCUAAUUUUGAUCCACAUAGUCUUUUCUUUCAUUUUUCACAACGGUUACCGUCACAAAUGCCACCAGAUAAUACAACAUAUAUAAUCACUGGUCCAACUUCAUUCUCUAUUGAUUCAAACGUACAAGUGUAUAGUGUAUCUGCAUAUUGUCCAUUUCGAUUAACUUGCAUGUGGUUAUUAGAUAAUGAAGUUAUCUCAACCACACCCAAUACUACUGUUAGCUUAGUAUUCGAUCAGAGAGAUAUUGGCAAUCGAACAUUAUCAUAUGUCGGAUAUUUAGCAAACACUCCUCGAAUAUUAGCAUCACUUUCACUAUCUAUUAUUUUAUCUAGUAUCAGACCAGUUUGUAACCUUUUGCCAAGAACUCCACAAAAUAUUUGGUUACUAGCUGGUCCUAUGAGUACUCCACGUGUAUACUUUACAGUGACAUAUCUUCAACAAAGUGGCUAUUUGAUGAUAGUUGGUGGAACAGCUGACGGUUUGACCACAUUAUCAUCGAUUGAUAUUUAUGAUCCAUUCACUGGUUGUUACAAUGUAUCAAGUAUGAAUUUUCCACGAUCACGACAUGCAGCAAUGUAUUAUAAUAAUUCUGAUACAGUUCUUGUUAUUGGAGGUGUUCAACAAAAUAAUGUAUCUAUUUCACAAUCUGAAAUUAUUUCGAUUAGUGGUGCACAACUUCAUAGUUCAAUGAGUCAACCACGCUAUUUUCAUGAAAUAAAUAUUUUUAAUAAUUCGAAUAUUCUCAUCGUCGCUGGUCUGACAUCUAAUAGUAUCCUACCAUUUGAAAUAUACAAUCGUAAUUCACUUACAUUUCAACAACUGGCAGCAUCUCAUUUGCGACUACUAAAUCUUGAAGGACAUUCAGUAACAUCUCUUGGUAGUACAGGAAAUCUUUUGAUUUUCGGUGGUUUUAAUGGUAGUUCAUAUUCUGGAGUCGGUUUUAUAUAUGAUGGGCUGAAUUUAACGCCAGCUGGAAAUCUGAGUAUCACAGAGUUAGAAACUAAGGACGAGAUACCUGCACGUGCUCAUCAUCAGGCCACAUAUAUUCCACAAAUAAACGCAGUAUUAAUUACCGGAGGUGAUAAUGGCACAUACGCAUUUUUUAAUUCUUAUUUAUACUUUCCAGCUAAUAAAACUUUUGUUCCUACUGCUUAUAUGAGAAUGCCACGUUCGUUUCAUAAAGCUCUUCUACUCUCAAAUGGAUCAGUAAUCAUAAUUGGUGGAGCUGCAGGAAUGUUCAAUUAUCAACCGAUAACUCCAACAAAUUCAGUCGAGAUGUACAAUCCAUUCACACGAAUGUUUACCUAUGGACCUCUAUUAAAUGCUGCACGUUAUCUACACCAAGCUACUUCAUUUCAGGAUGUAGUUUAUGUUUCUGGUGGUAUCGGUGGUGGUGGUGCAAUAUUAUCAAGUAAUGAAUAUCUAAUAUUCUAG